AUGAUACGUACUGAUUUCUGCGCCGCUGGCAAAUUUACGGAUCAUGGAGACGAUAAGGUUGAGCCAGUAGAUGUUCAUCACCUGCGAUGGGUAACUUGCGAUUCAGUGCCAACCAACCGUGAGAAUGGUCAAGAGGCAUAUGCACAGCAGCCCUCCGGGCACUGUGAACACGUACUUCAUUGCGUACUCGUAGGUCUCGGGGGUGCCGAUGUUGAAGAACAGCGGCCUCACUACGUAGGCGCCGAGCAUCACCAAUCUGCAGACGAAGUGCGAGGUUCCGUAAAGCAGGAAAACGGCUCCGGUGACGAGAUCAGGGACAAGCCUUAA